AGGCAAUCACAGCACAGGACAAAAGUUUAGAGCAGCGAUAUGCAGACGAACGGACAGCGCACUUUCCCACCGAGUUUUUGUUCACCUGUGCGCCGGGCUGAGUCCUCCUAACUGUGUCUUGAAAGUGAGACACAGGCUGCACUGAGGGGAACAUAAGGAGACGACGAAGGCGCUUCAGCAGGGAAAGAAGUGCCGUGAGAAAGAAACCAUCUCUCUCUCACACACACACACACACACACACACACACACACACACACACACACAGACACACACACAACCACAGCCGCGCCCGGAUCGCAUCCUACAGCACAGCGCUCUCCCUGCUCUCCUGCUAUAGCAUGGCCAGUUCGAGUAAAGCGACUUUAAUCUUGCUCGUCUACGGAAUCUUAAUGCACUACAGCGUCUUCUGCACACCUAUCGGACUAAGUUACCCUAAGAUUAGACUCGACAACGACGCCUUCGAUGAGGACGGGAACUCAUUGUCCGACAUGGGUUUUGAUGGCGAUCAGAUUGCUAUACGGAGCCCGCCAUCCUUAAACGACGACGCGUACACUCUCUACUACCCACCAGAGAAGAGACCAGAAAGGCAUGCUGAGGAAGAAUUAGAUAGAGCCUUGAGGGAGAUCCUGGGUCAGUUAACAGCGAGACAUUAUCUGCAUUCUCUGGUGACAAUUCGUGCAGGUGAAGACAACAGCAUGGAGGAAGAGUCAGAGCCCUUAUCCAAAAGACAUUCAGAUGGGAUCUUCACCGACAGCUACAGUCGCUAUAGAAAGCAGAUGGCCGUGCAGAAAUACCUGGCAGCGGUUCUGGGAAGAAGGUACAGACAGAGAGUUAGGAACAAAGGACGCCGACUUGCCUAUUUGUAGCGUUGUUAAAGCGCCCAAACUAACCUCCUGUGUAUAUACAUCCAGUCGUUAAAUCAAAGUCAUUCAGAUAUAUCUGACCAACCAGUGGAUUGCGCCUGUGUUCUUUUAACAUGUAUUUAUGUAUGAAGUAAAGCCAUUAAAAUGAAUAUUUUAAUAAUAAUAUCGUUUUUUUUUCUUUUUGUACAAAAGCACUUGAUACCGCACAGUUAUACUUUGUGGACCAAUAUUUUAUUUUCAUGUUGAGAUGUUUAAAAAACAAAAGAAAAUGGCAAAAAAAAGAAGAAAUUAGAAGAAAGAGAAAAAAAAAAGAUAAUUGUGCACCUUCAACAUUAUGCGCUUGGAAUCUCUAAAGGUCAUCUACAUAUGCAGAAAAUAAAUAGAUUUUAAAAAGACAAUCAAAGUAUUGAAUGUUAUACUUAUUUUUGUAACCAACGUUCUAUUUUUUUAGUGUUGUUUGUUUUCCAAACAGGCCGAAAGAAGCAGUGAGCAUGCUAUGUGAGUCAUAUCGGGGCUUAUCCUAAAUGAUAGAUGUUGCCCUUGUCCACUCUCCUCCUCGCUCCCUUAAUGGGAGCUCUGUGGGUUCCUAGAGCUUGCCCCUCCAGGGGAGUCCAGUGGCUUUUGUUGAACAGCCUCUCAUAUGAUGGAAAAACUGAUUGACUCCCACGGCCAUUCAUGUAACUGGUGGUAAAAAUCCGACCCUCUUUUAAGCAGAAAUUUAAUUGCAGGCUUUUGCAAGGGCACUAUUGCCUUCACUAGAGAUACAGGAAGCACUCAAGUUGCUGUUGACAGUAUGCGGCAAACACUGCUUGCUCACUUGCCUCAAAGUAAUUUACUGUGGGGAGAUAAAUCGUGCUGUGUUAAGAAUGUUCCAUAUGUGUGUGUGUGUGUGUGUGGGUUAUGUACAGUAUAGAAAUUACACACAGUGCACAUAGUCAUCUCAGUGUUGUCUGUGUUUCAGUAAACAGAAUUAUUUGGAAGAAUGUGCUUCAACUGUUGAUUGUCUUUCGGCAGCACUACAAAUAUUCAGAACGGACCCAGAACAAGAUGCAGGAAAUGAAGCAUAUUUUUGUGACCAGAGGUGGAGAGGAAAGGUAGCAUCUGAGUUGCAGUUAGGGAUAUUUAACCAUGUUUCUUAUUUAUUGGUGCAUGUGGAAACUGACACCUUGCUAAUUUUUGCUUAGAAACUGCAUGUCAUCGUGCUUUUUUGGAUUGUGCUAUUUGGGUAGGUGGGCUGUGCUAAGCCUAUAUCAGCACCACUCCCCCCCACCCCCUCCUUCAGAUGUGUUGGAAAUGUGAACAAGGAGGGCUA